AUGUCAAUUUCAUCUCCUGUAGCAUUCACAAAUAAUCCAGACGAAUUGUUCGUCAAGAAACAUGUCAAGUAUAUCCAGUCUUUGGAUACGCGUAAAGAUGAAUUCGAAUAUUGGUUAACAGAACAUCUGCGCCUGAAUGGCGUAUACUGGGGUCUCACCGCCCUCCACCUCUUAAACGACCCCACCGCCCUUCCCCGCGACGAGACCAUCAACUUCGUCAAAAGCUGUCAACACCCUUCCGGUGGUUUCGGCGCCCAUCCAGAUCACGAUGCACACCUCCUCUAUACGCUCUCUGCGAUUCAGAUACUCGCCAUGGUAGAUGCUCUCGAUGCUGUUGAUACAGCUGCAACGGUAACAUACGUUGCAGGGUUACAAAAGCCGUCGGGGGUGUUUGCUGGUGAUGAGUGGGGGGAAGAGGAUACGAGGUUUGUGUACACGGGUUUACAGACCUUGAAGAUCCUGGACAGGUUGGACGCUGUUGAUGUUGAGAAGGCGGUGGGGUUUGUGCUUGCCUGUCAGAAUUAUGAUGGUGGGUUUGGGGUUGUACCCGGGGCGGAGAGUCAUAGUGGACAAAUAUUCACAUGCCUUGGUGUCCUAAGCUUGACAAAUUCACUUGACAGACUGUCAACUGCGUCGAGAGACCAAUUAGCAGGCUGGCUCGCUCAACGCCAGCUCCCCAACGGCGGCCUUAACGGACGUCCGGAGAAGCUGGAAGAUGUAUGUUAUAGCUGGUGGGUACUCUCCAGCCUGGCUAUGCUGGGCAAGCUCCACUGGAUCGAUCAGAAUAAACUGGUCGGUUGGAUCCUGAGCUGUCAGGACGAAGUUAGAGGAGGGUUCGCGGAUAGGAAGGGGAAUGCCGUGGAUGUUUUCCACACGGUUUUCGCACUUUGUGGGUUGAGUCUUGUUGGGUGGGGUGGUUUGAAAGAGGUGGAUCCGGUCUAUUGUAUGCCAGUUGAGACUACCAAGCGGUUGUUUGGAUCGAAGUGA